CUGAGUAUUACAGGAAAUCCCACUCAAACAAGGAAACAACGCGGUUCAUCAUCAUCACGCAGUCGUUUUGGAAUCUCCCCUCUAUUUUCAGGAACAAAUGCGUCUAGUCCAAUAUCUCUCACCACAUUUCCUUCGAUCUGUGUAACCAAUUUAUCAUCAGGAUGUCAGUGACGGUGACCCAGGCGGAGGGAGUGACCGUUUUAACGCUGACCAGCAAUGAAGGUAGCAACUGUCCCUUGCUGUGCCAGAUACUGGGCAAUAGUCCAGUAUGCACAGUGUCUCAGAAGCUGAAGAUGAAUUUAGGAGGAACUCUGACCGCACUGGGGGCUGCCCAGAUCAUGAUUGGAUUAUUUACCAUUGGGAUUGGAUCCAUUUUAUGGACACCAUUCUGGUUUCACACUUUUGCAUCUCACACCGGUGCUCCCUUCUGGCUUGGAUCUAUGUUCAUGGUCUUUGGUGUGAUGUGCAUCCUUGGAGAGAAGUUCCCAAGCCCAUGUCUGGUUGUCAUUACUGGACUGAUGAAUAUGAUGGGCAUUGCCUUUGCGAUAACUGCCAUCGUGAUUUAUGCAGUUGAUAUUUCAUCUAGUUUUUGGGACGACGGUUACGAUUGUGGCGAGGAUAGGUACAAUGGGUACAACAGGAACUAUUAUGAUUCUACAGUGUCACCAACCCCACCUUUCGAAAGAGAAGAAAAUCUUUCAAUUUGCAAACGAAAUGCUGCUGCUUACCGGAUGUUGAGGAGGGGAAUAGACAUCAUCAUCAUUAUUUCUGCCAUUGUACAACUUGGUGUUGCCAUCACUUCCUCCGUCCUGGCCUUUCGGUCUGCAUACAAAAAGGGAAUUGCUCAACAGGAUCCUCAGCUUCGCGAGCCUCUGGUCUAUGAAACGUUGUCCAACCCAGCAGUCUAAUAUUUCCACCUGGAAGCACCUCAAAAACAUGUUCCCCACUUCUCCUGUAAAUACAUUAUUUUCCCACUUUAGUAGUGAUCCGAAUUAGUGCACAUACUAUCUGUACUUUUAAAGGUAGACGAUGUCAUUUUAGUUGUUUACUUUCCAAAUGAAUGAUGUCCAUUCACGUUUUUGAUCUUUUCAUGAAUAUUUUCUGAGUAAUAAACUUUACUUGUCUGAACAAACUUUACUUACUUACUUAGGCCUUUAAAUUCCCAUAGGAACAUAGGCCAUUGACGAAAGUCUUCCAUCCUCUCCUGUCUUGUCUGAACAAAGCACAGUGAGUUUUGCAGCCAAACUGAUGGUGGUGGUAAAUAGGCCUAUACAUGCAUAAGGUAACAUUUGUGAAUGGGCUGCAAAAAUUCUGGAAAUAAACUACUUAAAAAUGACAUGCUCUAAAUGCUUUAAAUGUAAUGUGUAUUCAAGACCACAAGCAAAACAAUACAAUACAAUUGCGUAACAUUUUCUUAUUGUGCGUUGUCAUGCAUCAUACCAUACUUCUAUUUAUCUAUUCUAGUCUGGCAUUGCAAGGUCUACAGUAUAUUACACUUACUAUAGGCCUACUAUAGGACCUGAGAUCGCACAUGACGCUUACACAUGGUAUUCUCCACAACAACCAACUUUGAUGUCUGUAUACCAAUAAUCUUUCUGUAGAAUUGAAAUAAAAUUGGUAACCCAAGGCUACCUUUUAAAUGAC